AUGUCACAUCCUCACAACCAUCUUCACACCACUCAAUCGCCACCACCACCACCACCACAACCAUCCAACAAACAAGUCUCCUCAUUCUUCAAAUUUUUCUCUCAACCAAGCGAAACGGAUGAUGAUGGUCUCUCAACAUUCUAUUCAUCGGAAACUUCUACAUCAUCCGCAAGUUGGGAUUUAUUUGAAUCCUUGGUUGGAAGAAAAGAUCAAGCCUCUAAUGUUCAUCCUCCAAAUUUUAUUGAUCAACUUGGCAAGUUACCUAAAUCCAUCGUUUUGAAAAUCUUGAAUGAUUUUUAUAUUUUAGAUUUGAGAAAUUAUUUUACCAUUAUUGUGAGAAUGAUUUAUCACAAAUUUAGAAAUAACAAAAAUGUAAACACCUUGAUGAUGAAAUUAUUAUUUGGGAAAUUUAAAAGAGACAUGUCGAACACUCCUUCUUCAGCUCUUCUUGACUCUCCUUCUUCAGCAAGACAAUUCAUUCCCACCACCACCACCACCAAUCAACAACAACAACAACCACAACAACCACAAUCACAACAACAAUUAGAUCAAUCAUCCAAUUCAUUGAAUGAACAGACCAGUCACAGUUUAGACGUUCAGAUCAAUGAAAAUGAUUCUAAAAAUAAUUUCUACACAAAUGGUGUUGUUUCGAUUUUAUUUAAGAAUUUCUCUUUAACGAUUGAUCAAGAUUUUGUCAAUAGAGAACAAUCCAAACACAAACAUUAUUAUCAAAUGAUCCUUUGGUUGCAUCAUUUGGAUACUUUUAAUUUCAUGUUUGGAACUAUUGAUAUUAAUUACUUGGAAUGGAAAAUUCCUUAUCCUUCCAUUUUUGACCAAAAUGGGUCAAUGCAUAGAGAUUCACUCAACAACUCUUUUGAAAACUCUCUCAACGGUCAACUUGUUGUGGGUGGAGCUAAAAGCAAUCGAAGGUUUUUAAUUCGUUCCGAUGAACAUUACGAACACUUGCAUCGAACACGUGUCACAACAUUAAUUCAAGAUACGUUACAUCUAGAGAAGGAAGAAGAGAGAAAGAUUCCUGUGAUGCAUUCGGAUUUAUUAUUUUUUAUUUAUUUGAGAGGUAUUAAGAGAUGUGAUAUCAAAAUUAAUCCUUCAAGUGAAUUCUCGUUUGAUCACAUCACGACUCGUAACAGACGAGGCACCAAUGUACUAUAUUUGGAAAAUAUUUCUUUAGAAGGAUCACAUUCCUCUGAGAUCAACAAUUAUAUUUUCAAUCAUUUACAAUCGAAAGAAUGUGUGAAAUUUUUAAGUUUAGAAAAUUAUGGAAUUUCGCCUGAUCUGACCAAUUCUCUAAUGCCUCUAUGUUCUUCUCUAUCAAAACUUCACAUGACUGUUUUCAAUUCGAGCUCGAAUCUAAAAUCUGGAUUGGAUCAAAUUUCCAAACUCAAAAAUCUCGCGGAUUUAAAAUUAAUCAUUUCUCUCAAUAAGAAUAUUCCCUCACCAAACACCUGUGACUCGUUGAUUGAACAAUUAACACCCAUUCCUUCCUCUUCUCAGCUCAAUGAAGAAGGAAUCUUUAGGUCCUUGAGAAGAUUACAUUUAGAAAAAGAUUCUUCAUUAGUGAGUAGUGACAAGCCAUUAGUGAAACUUUUCACAGCUCUUAGAAGAGAAGGAAAGUUAGAAAAGUUAGCAAUUGUGAAACUACCCUAUUCUCGAGCGAUUCAUGAAUGUCUAGUUGGUGGUGGUAAUCAUGAUCAUGGAUUUAAAGAAUUACACACAUUAGAAAUUAUUGAACCAACAUGUUUGGAAACUAAUUUAGAUUUUUCAAACUUGAUAUCUCUUGUGAGUUUGACACUUCGAUGCUAUCCCAUAGUAACCAAUGAUUCUUCACCCAAGUCUUCUUCAAGUGUGAAUCUCCAAUGUAAAAUGUCACAAAAUCAAUUGGACAGUUUAGAUUUGAAAGGAAUACACAAUUUACGCGAUCUCUUAAUUGGAAUUGCGUCAAAGAACAAUGUGGAUCAAAAUGAACCACAAUUUUUAACAAGUAUCAUGAAUCAUGCAUUUCCAUUAGCAUUAACAAAUCAUGAUGAAUCACAUCUACUCUUGACUUGUGUAGAAACAUUGAAUCUCUCAACGACAAGAAUUGUGAAAUUGGAUUAUUUGAGACAUCAUGUGUUUAAUAGACUAGGUUUUCACAACUUGAAGGUUUUAAAUUUAUUACAUUGUCACAAACACGAUUCAUCGGUAGCUCCUGAAUUGGUAGAGGAAUUAGGAAAAAAUUGUCCACAUUUAAUAACUCUCAAAUGGUCAAACUUUAAGAAGAAGAAAUGCUUUGCACACUUAUUCACAUAUUACAAACAUCAACUCAAAAAUUUGACAUUGCGGCAUUGUGUGUUUGACAACAGUCUGUGGAUUGCCUAUUUGUUUUUAAUGACCUCGAUUAGGAAAAUCUCAUUACAAACGGAUUCGCCCUUCCCUGAUAAUUUCAUUCAAUCCAUAGCUCCUCUUUUUCCCACUACAACACAAACUUCAACAACUUCCGAUUAUUCAGAAAUUUCUGAUAUUUAUUCCAAGUCUACAGUUUACACUGUGUUUAGAGAUUGUACAAACUUGGAAUAUUUAAAGAUUGAAACACCUAAAUUUAUGGAUGGACAACUCAUGAAAGAUUUAUUCGCAAAAAAGAGCAAAUAUCUGACCCAGCUGAAAUUUAUUGUUAAAGAUAAGGACCAAAUAGACAUGUAUCACGAAUUGGUCAAAGAACUUCAAAAUAGAUUUCCACUCAAAUCCAAAAUUUAA